GCCGACCAGAAGCAUUUUUCGUUGUCCCAGUCACUGAUCUCACUUCGUCGCUAAUGUUCGUUGUCCAUCGUCCUUCAUCGUGCUUGCCUUGCACCAACACUGACGUACCAACUGCCUUUUUGGCUGAUUAAGCUCCUUCCUCGACACCUGCCUUAUUACCGUUGACAUCUGCCCUAUUAACCGCAGACAUCGAUUCUAUUCUGCUGCGAUCUGUUUGUGGCAAUCUCGUGCCCGUGUGUGCCCCCACUGCUAGUGCAGUUCUAUCCACCAUCGCUGCGUCAGCCCACUGUCCACCAGGUCUCAUGUUUCAGAUCUGUCUUCAACUCCACUGGUUGCUAUUUUUUUUUCAAAUCAGGUCCUUUGAAUCCAGUGGCUCCAGGCGUGUUUGGUGUGUCACUUUCAGGUUCUUUGGUUCAUUACAUCUUGUGUAUUUUGUUCCGUUUUAUUGGCUUUUUUUGUUGUGUUUGUUGGUUCCAUGCCGACUUCAAAUAGAAUCGAUGUCCCUAACAUUGGACGCCUCACCAUUAUCCUUCUCGAUGGUCAAAACUUUAUGCCAUGGAAGCACACUCUUAUUGUUGCACUUGGUGGCCGCGCUAAAGAGUUUCAUGUUACAGAUCCAGCUCCGGCUAAGACAGACAGACGCCUCCUAUGCAGCUUGUAAGGCGUCUGAAAAUCAAGUACUAACAUAGCUGUUCAACUCGAUGGAGCUUGAUGUCUAUGAACUCUUUACAUAUUAUGAUAUUUCCAAGGAUCUUUGGGAAUAAAUUGCAUAAGACUUUAGGUAUGAACAUAAUGCCUCUCACAUUUUUGAGCUUCAACAAGAGAUUCACACGACGCAUCAGCUCCUUAUGCAAUCAUUCAUUGAUUACCUUGGCCAAUUGAAGAAAAAUGGGACGAGCUUCAACAAUAUCAUCCCAUUACAUUGGCAGUGAUUGACUAUGUGACCCGAAAGGAGCAAGAAUCAAGUAUUUACUCUUCUUGCAGGCAUCAAACCCAAAUAAGAGUAUCUCAAGCUCCAAAUAUUGAUGACAUCUCUAUUCCAUCCUUUACAACUGUAUGUAACAUCAUACACCAAGAGGAGACACGAUGUCGUGCCAUGAGGCCAGUACUGCCCAUUACUGGUGCACACAGACCACUAUGUACACCAUUUUUUUACUUGGAAAACUUCAUUGCCAGGAACAGGUAACUCCUCCUCUUCCACAUUUACAAGUAAUAUGGGUCGAUCGGGUCUUAAGGGACGAGGCAGAGGUCAUGGUAGCAAUCGAUAUCACUAUGAUCUUUACAAAAAAGGUGGACUCUCCCGUGAAUGAUGUUGGCUUCUGCAUCCCCAUUUCAAAACCUCCACGGAUUGCCCCAUUGGUGCAAAUAGUAUUAUUUCUCAACCAUCGUCAAAGGAAUUACCUGAUGACCUCAAAUCUACCUUGGGGUGACCUUGGCAACAAUGAGAAACCUUCUGAUACUAGUCACUUCAUUCAUGAUGAUAGAAAUAAGGUUCCUGUUGUGGGUCUGGGAAAAAUUAACUUAUUUGACACACGAUCAGAUACACUAUUUGUUCCAUCUUUAUCUGCUAAUUUACUAUCAGUUGCUAAACUUAUACAAGAUCUACAUUGCGAUGUUAUAUUUUCUGCAAAGAAGGUAAUCUUUCAGGACACUCGCAUCUGGAGGAAGAUUGGGGAAGGUUCGUGUCAAAAUGGCCUGUACUUGCUCCCCACAUCAACUCUGGGCCUUUCUGCUGCUUGUAGGCCAAACUAAUCCCAACUAUAAAACUGGUGCAUAGGUCAUCCCUCUGAUAAGAUUUUGAAUCAUGUUAAUUCCAAAUUUGUUCUUGAUUCUAGCACUUUACACAUGUUAUUUUUCAAAAGUUUAUAGGUUACAUUUUUGUAGUAGUGACCAUGUUUCUUCUACAACUUUUGAACUUACGCAAUAUUUUUCAGGAAUUUUAUCAAAUGAUUAAAAAUCAGAAUGGGUUCAGUAUUAAAAUUAUGCAUAGCGACAAUGGCACCAAAUAUGUUAAUUAUGCCCUACAUACAUUUCUUAAGUUUGUGGGAAUUAUUCAUCAAUUAUUGUGUGUCGGUACACCUGAACAGAAUGGCGUUGUCGAGCAAAAGAAUCGACACCUAUUGGAGGUAACUCGGUCUUUACUUUUUCAUGGAAACAUACCCUUUAAAUUUUGGUCCAAUGCAGUGCGCACCAAUUGCUACCUAAUCACCCACACCCAGAAAUAGCUUCAGUACAAAUCCCCUUUCGUAAUACUCUAUGGUCACGAUACUCAUCUUUUUCAUUCACGAGUCUUUCGUUAUGUAUGCUUUGUUCACCUGCAAAUACCAAUAAAUUGAACCUCGUGCCACUAAUUGCAUUUUCUUGGGAUACUUGAUUGUCAAAAAGGGAUACAAGUGUUAUGAUGUUACUGCGAGGAAGCUAUAUAUUUCUCGAGAUGUUUUCUUUGAUGAAUGGUCUAUGUACUUCUCUUCCCGGGAUAAAAAUCAGGGGGAGACUGGAACUACACAACUUGAUUUUUCUCCCCGGCCAAUCUCUUGUGAACCAACAAAUGUAGUUGAUCCAGUACCAUCAGUAAAUGUGUUACUAGAUGAGGUAUCACCAGCAGAUGCAGUACCAGAUAUAGUACCACCCCUUCUUGAUUUUCUUGAAGCCGACAUAUCAGCCACUGGUCCACCAGUAAUACAAGAUCAGUGAUAACUCUCCAAAAGAGAGUUAUUUUGGGCUUAAUUGUGAUGUUUUGGUGUUAUGAUUACAUAUAAUUCUCUUGAUUUUAUAUGAUUAAUGCAUGAAUUCUAUGGUUUCAUGAUUUAAUUGAGAAUUAUGUUAAUUAUGAGUAUUUGGACAUAAAUUGAGGACUUGGAAACAUUUAAAUGCACUUCUUAUUUUACUGCAGGUCAAUGCUGUAGCAUAGGGAAGCAGUGCUGUAGCAAUGUAGAUGAGGUCAGUAGUGCAUAUUUUUGACAUCAGCACCAGCAAGCCAUGGAUCCAAGCCCAAUUUGAUGGAAGAAGCUUCUGAACGUGUACGAAAAGAUCUGAUUUGGAUACACGCUCAAAAUCAUCAAGAAAUCACAAGAUAAUCUUCAUCAAAUCAAUGAUUACAAAUCAGAUUCGAAUCUGAAUUGUAAAUAUGGAAAGAAUCCUGUGAGAUAUGCCACAACACACUCUGUCAGCAUGACAGCAAAACAGAGUAUCAAUUUCAAUCUAUCACAAGGAAGAUUUGAGUGAUGAUUUGCAUGGACAGAAAAAGAUGAUUGAAGCCCAGAAUAUCAAAGCUUAUAAAGGAACGAACCCUACACAAAGAAAGACACAGUUGAUAUGUUUUGAGACACCCAAUUGGAGGCAGUUUUAGAGAGAAAAAGUGGAAGAAACACUUGGGAGGAAUUUGAGGGUUCGUUGGGAGAAAUCUCGCGAAUCAAAGGAGGGAGCUGAAGUUCAAUUUAGAGAUCAUUGAACCCAGUAACUUGCUGCACUAUUCCGGCGGCUGAGGCAAGGUUAAUAGUGGUGGAGCUCAUGGAUGCUGCGAGAGCAGUGCUACAACAACAUCCCUGUUUUCUUUACUUUAGUUUUAUGGAGUCUUAUUCUUUCCUUGUUGUUUCUGUCUACCCAAUUAUGGGCUAACUUAUUAGGAUUGGGUGAUAGAGUACCCUUAUUGUGAUGUAAACAGUA